GUGACGCCACUUCCGGCCGCCCCGGCGCGCCGGUCGCGCUCCCUCCCCAUGGCGGCGGCUGCGGGCGGGGCGGGCGGCGACAGCGGCGCCAUCGACUACUCGGUGCAUGAAGCGUGGAACGAGGCCACCAACGUGUACCUGCUGGUGGUGCUGGCCAGCCUCGCCCUCCUCGUCUACGCGCGGCGGAACAAGAGGAGGAUCAUGCGCAUCUUCACCCUGCCCCCGGCCGCCGAGACGCCGCCCGAGCCCAACUUCUAUGACAGCAUGAAGAAGAUCCGGCUGCGGCAGCAGCUGGAGAUGUACUCCAUCGCGAGGAAGUAUGAACAGCAGCAGCAGCCCCCAAAACAGCCGGAAAGCGUCCAGCUCUCGGUGGAGUGACGCCCACGCGUGUGGGAGCUCAGGAGAUGGAUCCAGCGCUGCUGCUGAGGUCAGCACAGGGACAUUGUCCGUGCCUUGGCAUUGGUACGUACCCGAAGGCAAGGGGGAAAGGAAGGCGAUUUGCCUGACAACCUUGUUCUCGGUACCUUUUCCUUGAGCCUGUGAAGGAAACUGAACGCCUACAAAAUCGUUCAGCAUGGAAGAGCCAGCGCGGGAGAGACCUGCUCAGAGCAGCCUCUGAGGGCAGACAAGUGCGGGCUUAACCAAUGUUUUAAAUUCUUUCUCGCUGACAGCACCUUGGGAAUCAGCUUCUACCUUCUCUGGUUAUGGUAGAGAAAGCAAGGCAGUACCUAUCAAAACCGGUUUGUUCCUUAAUCAUGGAUUGUUGAACUUGCCAAAUGCAUUUGGUAAAGGUGAACGCGGGUGCUGCGGCCUCGCUGCCCAGCGAAGGGGAGCAGCUCUGAGAACCCGGAGUGUCGCUGGCGGCAGCGCACAACGCUUCUCAUCUCCGCGUUUGUGCAGAGGUCGUGUAUACAACGCUGUCAGCCUUUCCUGGAGAAGCUUUGAAAACCGAGACGUACACGGGCAACUGCAUGUCUAGAAAACACUUCAGGGAAAUACUAUGAUGCUAAUAGCAAAGGCGGUUAGCUUAAUUUAGCCUAAUUGGUCUAAAUAAUGAGAUUGUCUGUAAGCAUGUGCGUAAACAGAAAGAGCACAGCUUGUCCAGAACAGACAUCCCGCCCCAGUCUUGUAUUUCUUCCAAGAUAAACCACGAAAUAAAAGAAUUUAAAGAACGCUGCAGAAGUGACUUCUGAAUAAAAGCAUCUAAUCGUGAAAACUACUUGAAGACGUAUCACACUGUCAUUCCUGAUGUUGUGUGACUUGAGCAGGCUGAGCGGGGAACAGAACGCUAAGAGCAGAGUGCUGGAGCCUGUGCCCAGGAAGAGGUGGGGUUUUUUUUGCAGUUCUGUGCUAAAAUACCUUAAGCCUUGGAGCACUAGCAGACAGCACAGCAGUUCACCGGGAGGUGAGGAAACCUGCCUUAUUUACCCCAUCUCAUAGAAUCAUGGAAUUGUUUCAGUUGGAAGAGACCCCCAGGAUCAUCGAGUCCAACCACAACCCAACUCUGUCACUAACCCGUGUCCCUGAGAACCUCAUCUAAACGCCUUUUAAACCCCUCCAGGGCUGGUGGCUCCAGCACUGCCCUGGGCAGCCUGUUCAAUGCCCCACAGCCCUUUGGGGAAGAACUUUUUCCGAACAUCCAGUCUAAAUCUCCCCUGGCACAACUUGAGGCCAUUUCCUCUUGUCCUGUCACUGGUACUUGGGAGAUGAACGCCCUCCAUGCUCCAAGCUCCUUUCAGGCAGUUCAGACAGCGAUCAGGUCUCCCCUCAGCUCCUGUUCUCCAGCUGAACCCCCAGGUCCCUCAGCCGCUCCAUCACACUUGUUCGUUGUUUGAAGUUGUCUGCACUUCAGCGUCUGUAAGGGCAAUACAGGUGUCAUGAUGAGGAGCUUCUCAGGAGCAGAAGUGGAUGAUGAGAGGAGAUGAAGAAAUCAGACAUUUAAGAAGUUGGCUCGAGUUUCCGUUACAGGCAUGGAAAAGUUUCUGAGGCCAAGCCAUGCGAGAAGAACAUGAGUAAAGAAGAGGGAGAUGUAGACCCAGACUUGCUAGAAGGGAUUGCGGGAUUUGGGAGGACGCUGCGCAAACGUCACGUAGUUUGCUUGCUCGUUCAUUUGCCUGUGGCCCCUGGAUCCUAAUACCUUGUUCACGUGUCUGUUUGGAAGCUGAGAAAUCCCCUCACAUCUGUGUCUUUAAUAUAAUCGCAGCUUCAAGCGCGUUUUAGGAACAGCAGAACGUCGCCGUAGUUUUUAUUUGUGGAUUAGAAAGCUGCUGCUUUGUACUCAUAAUCAAUUUUGUGUCUUUGUAGAAAUGUACACUGAGCAUGGGGAGACCAGACAAUGACCAUUACGGAACAGGAAAUCAGAGGGUUUGCUUGCAUUUAAUAUAAGCAGCCUUUGCGUAGAAAGUGUGACAGGUAUAUAGGUAAAAGAAAAAAAAUAGUGCUAGUUCUCUGAUUUGCGAAACCGUAUAAUGUAUUCUUGCGCUGUCCUGAGACAGACGGCAUCUCAAAUGUGAAUCGCUUCAGUCUUUUUUUGUUUGACCGUUGGUCACAAGAACAUUCCAGAUGGGCACGGGCUGUAGGGUUUUAAGUUCAGCUUGCUUAGGUUUGAGUUGGGGAGAGCUGUUUAGAAACGUAGGGGUUUUUACCGAAGUGUCUCUGGGGAAAUCCUGGCCCUGCCCGUGGUCCAGCACGUCACCGUCCUGUGAACAGACCGACUUCGGAGUCUCUGUUACGGAGCUGCUAAGAGAUUGACGAGUGCGUAUAUAAAGUUUUGAAAUGAGCGGUCGUUUCCGGUAUUGGACAGAGCUGCUGGUAGAGGCAAAGAGCAUCUCUGUUUUUCUUCUGAACUCUUAUCUGGUGUUUUAGCCUUAAUAAAAGGCCGUGGUUAUUUUUGCAUACUGACUGAAUAUUUGGCCUUUAAGAGUAUAUAAUUAGGCGGAAGAGUAAAAGCAGUUGUUAAAGGACUGUUUUUUUCUAAUGAAAAUAGUUUGAAAUCAUAUAAUUUUAGUUUCUUCUGAAUGGAUGUGAUUAGUGUGUUGGAAAUAAUUUACAGUGGAUAUAAAGGGAACGGUUGAGAGACAGUGGCGGAGAAUGUGUGCCGCUAUUUUUGUAGCUAACAGUUAUAUUUUUUCCAUCUCUUUACUUAGAUCUCGCCAUAUAAAUGAGCAGCUAAAUUACAAUUGGGUACAAAACCGAUUUGCACUUACUGAUAUUUAUAUUUUAAAGUAGGUAUUAUUGUACUGAUCGAUAAGUAAAUCGCGAUGACUGUGAGAAAAUCCUGGCCUACAUUAUUACUCGAUGGAAAAAUUACUAUGGGACAGUGUUGUCUGUAUGCUGUGAAAAUGUUCUCAUGGAUUUUUAGUUGCUGAACCUGACAUCAAUAAACUUCAGUUCCUGUUGUUGACUGGCA